AUGGGCGCCGACAGCGUUUACUGGGAGCGUUGUAUCUCGAAGGCUAGCUGGGCACAUCUGUCUCGUAAUUCUUGGAGGUUGUCGUUCAUCUCCACGUGGCCUGGUGCCCAAGCAUAAGGGCCUUCAUUAGCGAUCUGCCCGAGUACCAAGUCGUUGAACGCCCCC